UUCUCGUAGCUUCCCGGUGCUUUGUGAACUCGCUUAGUGAAUUGACACUUUAUAUCUAUUCCUACAUUGAUACGAACCUGUUGAAAGCACGCUGCAUAGUUAGUUAGUUUAGACAUAGCUGCGUAAAAAAUACUGUGGUAAAAGUUUUACCUAUCACAAUACAGUGAAAUGGCAACGGUAGUGUCAAUGAGCUCUACAACUUCGCCGAAGAGUUCGUUGGCGAAGCUGGUAUUAUGCCCCAAACCUAAACCCUUUAAAGUGAUGGUCCUGGGACAAUCCGGAGUUGGAAAAUCAGCAUUGGUGGUCAGGUUCAUAACUCGGCGUUUCAUCGGUGAAUAUGACCCAACCCUGGAAAAGGUGUACGUUUUCCAAACUGUCAUUGACAACGAAAUGGUUUACUUCGAAAUUUUGGACUCUGCUGGCGAAUCCCACGAAAGCGAGUAUGCGAAUUUGGAGAGUAAUAUCAGAUGGGCUGAAGCAUUCAUCCUGAUGUACUCGGUGACUGAUAAGUGCUCCUUCGACGAGUGCCACCGGCUCAAGUUUCUCAUAAACUACAACAAGAGACGACGGCGACUUACAAGCAAGGACAGCGUAAUGGAGACACCCGUGGUGCUGGUGGGAAACAAGGCGGACCAGACUGGGGACCGCAUGGUGUCGACGGAGGAAGGCCAGCGCCGCAGCAAGGAGAUCGGCUGCGUUUGCUUCCACGAGAUAUCUGUGAGGGAGAGUAUCGACCAGGUGUGGAGCGUGUUCCGCGACGCGCGUCGUUUCUGGCGCGUGUGUAACAAGUGGCCGCGCGGGCGCACGGAUGCGGACUUACAUCCGACGGCUCUGGGGCGCCCUCUCGCGCGCGCUGUAUCUGACACCACGCCCGAACCAGCUGCCGCUACAGCACCUUUUUGCCGUCGCUGGACAGAGGUGGAUCUCGAAGAGGAAGACGAAGUGAGCGUAGCCCGCAGCGACUCCACAUCCUCGUCGGGCAAGUCUGAAGGCGCGGAGGAGUUCAGGGCGCGCGCCAGCACCGAUUCCCGGCUGCCCCCGCGACCCUCGCGGCCGCGCCAUCCGCCCCCGGGCCGCUCCCACGCGCCCCCAGUCCGGAGGAUGAGUGUGGCGAUGAGAGGAAACAACGCUAGCACCUAUUAGCUUACCAAAUGUACGCCUGUAGAUGUAUAUUCAAUUUUGAUACAACAUGCAAGAAUGCGAUUAUUUCGCUACGAACCUUAAACUACAUGUGUAUAAAAAUAUUUAUUUAAUGUAAUUUAUGUAAGUAUGUGACUUUAUUGAAACACACUAAAGAUUUUUACACUGUAUAUCUAGAGGCAGUGUAUUGUAUAAUGAUGUACCUAUUUUUAACAUUUAUAAACGAUUUUGUCAAACUGGCAGCUAAAUAGAGAACUAAGCAACUAUAAUUAGUAGUCUGUAGCACCUUAGAGAGUGCCUUUGAAUGAAAACUUGGUCCCAAUUGAGAAUGUUACUAGGUAUGCAAAAUCACUUGAAACCUAUGUUACAGUUAAGCUUUUACAUUUACAAAUACAUUAGUUUUUAUUUCAUUCAAAAAUACCCAGUAGUUAUGAUUUUAUAGGCAUUCAAAGUUCGCCUAAAUAUUGAGUCCCGCCGACGGUCACGUGACCCCGUGUGACGUACAUUCACAGCGUCCGCUCACUAGAAAACGGAUAUAAACAUACUUAAAUAUUUUUUUUUUUGUAAAUACAAACUUAUUAUACAUAUUAACACCCAGACCCAUCACAGAAAUUAAAAUUGAACCAAACCCAAACUUGAUGCGAUUGUGUCGUUUUAUUGCGAAUUACCUUCCAGCUCCAUCAUUAGACCCCGAUUACUAUAUAGAAUUAAAAUACUCAUCAAUACAAAACGAACGAGCCCAAACUCGAUGCAUUUAAGUCGUUUUAUUAUAGAGUUCCUAUGGCCACCUUCCAGCUCCAUCAUCAGAUCAGCUCCAUGUCAUCAUAAUAUUGCAUGGUCAUCCAAAUCACAUGUGUUUGCGAAAUUUCAGCUUAAUCGGUUGCCUGGAAGUGGGUCUUAAUUCAGUUUGCAAGAUUCCACCCAUACAAAUAUGAGCCAGUCGUUGUAAUAUGACGUCACGCGCAUAAAAUGGCGGGCCGGCCGCCGCCCGCACUUUUAAAAUUCAAUAUCUUGGAAACUAAUUAACGUAUCGAAAUAAUUAUUUCACGUGUAUUUUUUAUUUUUAACAGAGAAUACAGAAAGCUAAAAAACAAAAUUAGUGAACAUUCUUCAUUGUGCGUGAUGC